AAAUGGCCACUACGGCUGGAACUGCGCUGAUUGGAAGCCAGGAGCCAGGUGCUUAUCCUGGUCUCCCAUGCGGGUGCAGGGCCCAAGCACUUGGGCCAUCCUCCACUGCCUUCCUGGGCCACAGCAGAGAGCUGGACUGGAAGAGGAGCAACUGGGACUAGAACCUGGCACCGCAGGUGGAGGAUUAACUAAUUGAGCCAUGGCACUGGCCCCAGAGGAUUUUUUGAUAAGCUCUAUAUGAGCCAAUAAUCUCGUAUCACAGGUAAAAAUCAAAUGCAGUCUCAGGGGCAUUGUUGAAAUGUACUGUGUCCAAAUCAAAGAAUAUAAUAAUUCCAGUGUCUUUUAUGCUGCUCAGAUCAAAUCUGGCAUAUUAGUUUCUAGAUACCCUAUGAGAAAAUAAAACAAAAAAUAAAUGAAAUAAAACAAAUACCCUCUUAAUUUACCACCAAAAGAAAGAGAUUAUCUUAUUUUAAGAGAAAUGGUUAAGAAUUAGGUAAACCUGGGUUCCAAUUUCUUUUCUGUCACUGGGUGAGCUUGACCCUAGUUUCCACAUCUUGCAAUAGGGAUAACUGCAGUUCUUAUCUCUUAGGGUUAUUGUAGGAUAAUUAAAUAUACACGCUAGGAACCGGCAUCUACAAGAAGCUAAACAUUAAUGUAAUUAUUAUUAAAGUAAACAAUUCACUGUGAAGAUCAUAAUUUUCCUAUAAGCCAGAGAAUAAAAAAACAGGACCAUAAUCCUGUCUUCCAGAGCAAGAUCCUGUUAACUUUUGAUUGUUUGUGAAUUUACUCACUGUGAUGUGACAAGUCAUUGUGAAACCUGGUGAUAGCGUAGGCAUGAAUUAGCAGCUACCACUGUGGGAAGGCUUAUCAUGUGGAAGAGAAAUAGACACAUUCUGUGAGGCUCGGAAGAGCUACUACAGCAAGAAGCAAGAGCUGUGAUGAGAGCUGUCCAGCAACAGAAUGGGCUGCCGAGUCCCACAAGGAGCUCCUUGUUACAACAGAUGACCAUGGUUUGGCUGCUAACCAUUUCUCAGAAAAGUUAUGGAAGAAAUGGCUGUGUGCAAGAGACAGCAAGUUGAACAGCCGCUGGAACUGUUCCUAACUCUAACAUUUGAUCGUUGAGAAAUACUUGCUGGAUGUAUACAGAGACAGAGCCACGUCCCAGCCACUAAGACAAGCUGCAUGGUUCUCACUGGAGUGCGUGCGACAUGGUGAGGACAGUUCCAAAUUUAUCCCAUGAACGUUAGUAGGAAAUUCCUAGCAUAAGUCAGGUCAAGGAUCUCACCCUCUUGCAAAGCUGAGGACGUGCGAGUCCACCAAUGAAGCCCACUCAGUACAGAGAGAGAAAUCAAAGCGAGGGGUGGGCCUGGGGAGAGCUUGCAUCUGAUCUUCAGGUACUGUUUGUCUGCUUCUUUAUUACUCGGGGUUUCUUCCUGAGGAAAAUUCCUGACCUGGCAAAAAUUCAUAGUAAUCACUCAGGAGAAAGGAAAAAGAAGAGAGAAACAAACAAAAAAUACAUUAAUGUGCUCAGGGGUAAAACAAUCUAGGAACCUGGUGUUGGUUGGAGAGAAGACUAAAGGUCUGUGCAAGGCCCACCCAAGCGCUUUUGAUGUUUGAUCAGUUAUUAUCUUAUUAUUCUUCCUGCUAUAGAUGCAGCUGCGAUUUAGGUAACAGGAUGUUUAAAAAGAUUAAAGAGAAGCUGUAGUGGGGUUCUGAGGUGAUAAGAGUCCCUAGAAUAUGUAUUUAUGGACGUUUAGAAUAUAAGUUCCUGUACAUUCUUAGAAUAAACCAUCUAUUUAUUUUUCUUCUUUUUAAAGAAACAAGUAAAAUUUGUGUUUCAAUAUGGCUGCUUCCUGCCAGCAAGUGAUAUAGGAAUAAUAGAGCAAAGAGAGCAAACAAACAGUGCAGCAAAGACACGGUGGUGGGGGCUCCAUCGCUGGCCCAUGCUGGUUCUUAAUUAGCUUUGAGCUCUGAGUCCAAAACACCUUAUCUCCAUAUUCCACCAGUGUUUGGGAUUUAUUUGACUUCAACGUGUUCAUCAGAAAAUGGACUCUCCCACUGUUCACGUCUGAGAGUUGUGUGACAGUCAUGAGUGCAACCACCCAAUGUGAAGAGGAAAGUUACACGUAAUGAUAAUAAUGUGCUAGGGGAGUUGUGGACUUGACGCUGAAAUGCGUUCAAUUGACAUUGGGUCAGAAGAGUGUUCUGUGGGUGUCUCAGGCGCAAACCCAUGAGUGACUAAUGGGUAUUCAAGACUUCCUGCCAUGUGUGCCGCUAUCUUAGCUGACAUCAUAAACUGGCAAUGGGUACCCAAAUAGAAAGGCUUUGGGGCCAUAUGCUCAGAACUUUUGCUGUUAGUCAUAAAUUAAUUCCUUGCUAAUUUCAAUUCUCUUAGAAAUCUAGGUUAAUACUUUGUAAAGACUUGCUGUUUCUCGUGUUCUCUCUCUUCUGCUUUCUUUCUCUUGGCUUAAAUUCUCCAAAGGCCCAUCAUGUUUGUUAUUCUCUUUAGCUUAUAUGAGUGAAUAGUUUAAUUUGGAAACCCUCUUGAAGACAGAAAAUGAUAUCACAGCAGAAGCACAAAAAGCUUGCAGUCCCACCCCAGUGAUCUGAUCCAAGAGAAAGAAUUCCUUCAUGAUCCUAAGGUGGGACCCAAGGAAAAGAACUCCUUUACAAUCCUUCUGAGCAGCAAAGGGAGACAAGAGCCUGCAGCACUUCCAGUCUGAAGCUGCCCUGAGCCACAUGUGCUCACAGUGGCACUCUGAUCCAGGAUGCCCAUUUAAACACCAUGGGCAGGACGUAGAUGUUAGGUUCUUCUUCAGUGGUGCUAAUCUACACCUCAUACAUCAUGCCACAUUCCUCUCACUUCCACUGCAUGCUUCUGAAGAACCAGCCAAGGUGAGCAAAGUAAUCUCUGGGGAUGAGACUGGAGGGCAUUAUUUGUACGUAGAGUAAGUCCAAGAGUUAAUUACCAUGUUGCCUUAAUACUCUCCCCUAACUACUGAGCUAUUACCUAGUCAUAGACUAGUUGUGUUUGAACAUUUUAUUACUAAGUGGGUAGUUGAUAAUACCCAAUUACUUUAUUUGAGUUGAGAUAAAAAUCUCCUGUUCACAUGAAAGAUGUACAUGCACGAUUACAUGCAAGACAGAUAAUUCUGAAUUAAAGCCAGUGUAUAUUAAAUCGUAAACAUCACAGGCAUUAAUGGGCUGUCUACUGUGGUUUCUGAAAUUGUUUCCUUUACUAGAAUGUAAUGAAGCUUCAUGAGGGAGAGUGCUCUGCUUUUUCAUUGUUGUAUUCUCACGCAUGGGAGAUACUCAGUAAAUAUUUGCUGAACUAGGGCCAGUGUUGUGGGUUAAGCCUCCACUUGCAACACCAGUAGCCCAUAUUGGAGUGGUGGCUCAAGUCCCAGAGGCUCCGCUUCCAAUCCAACUUCCUGUUAAUGCACCCAGGAGGUUAGCAGAAGACGACGCAAGUCCUUGGCGCCUGCCACCCAUGUUGGAGACCAGGAUGAAGUUCUUGGCUUUUGUGUUUGGCCUGGGUUUAUCGUGGCCAUUUGGAGAAUGAGCCAGUAGAUGGAAGUCUCUCUUUCUCUCUGCCUUCCAAAUAAAUAAAUAAAUAUCUUAAAAAUAUCUUUUCAAAAAUCUAUUGAACAAACUAAGAUGUUUGGUGGUAUAAUAGGAAAUUAAAAAUAAGUCAACUAGGGGUGGGUGUUGCGGUCCAACAGGUUAAGGUACCACUUGGGACACCCAUAUCUCAUACUAGAAUGACUAAUUCAAGUCCUGGCUAUUUUGUUUCCCAUCUAGCUUCACACUAAUGCACAUCUUGGGAAGCAGCAGACGAUAAGUCAAGUGUUUGAAUCCUAACUGGAUGGAAUUCCUGGCUUCUGGCUUCAGCCUAGCCCAUACCUGGCUGUUGUAGGCAUUUGGGAAGUGAACCAGCAGAUGGAAGAUGUUCAUCUUCUUCCUUAUGGGGCGUAGGGUUAGGAAUUUCAAACUUGAAUGCUUUCAGAAGGCAGGCCAAUAAUAUAGAUGGUGAAGCAGGUGCAUGUAAUACAACAGGGAAGCCUAGUGGUGGGCGUUUGGCACAGGGGUUAAGACGCUGCUUGGAAAGUCCACAGCCCACAUCAGAGUACCUGAGUUUGAGUCCCAGCUCUGUUUCUGACCCAGCUUCCUGCUACUGCACACCCUGGAGGCAUCAGAUGUUGGCUUAAGUUCUUGACUCCCUGCCACCCACGUGGGAGAAUCAGAUAGAGUCCCAGGCUCCUGGCUUUGUCUUGGUUCAGCCCUGGCUGUUGCAGGCAUUUGGAAGUAUUAACUAGUGGAUGGAAGGUCUGUCUGUCUCUUUCUGCUUUUCAAAUGAAUGAAUGAAUGAAUGAAAAAAAGUUUUAAAUGGGGAGAUAUAGACUUAGGGAAAAUGAUAAUUAUAUGGCUCUUCCAAAGACAUUAAAAACCAUUUAAAGGGGCCAGUGUUGUGGCAUAACAGGUUAAGUCACUGCCGGUGUCACAGGCAUCCCUUUUGGGCACCAGUUAAAGUCUCAUCUGCACCACUUGCAAUCCAGCUCCCUGCUAAUGUGCCUGGGAAAGCAGCAGCAGAUAGCCCAAGUAUUUGGUCUCCUGCCACCCACAUGGGAGACCUGGAUAGAGUUUCUGGCCCCUGGCUUCAGUCUGGUGCAGCUCCAGCUGUUGCACUAUUUGGAGUGUGAAAUAGCAGACAGAGGAUCCCCCCCCGCCCCGCUGUGUGUGUGUGUGUGUGUGUGUGUGUGUGUGUGUAUUUCUCUCUGUAACUCUGUCCUCUGUCUUUCAAAUAAAUAAAUAAAUUUUUUUUAAAACUUUUCUGGUCGUGAUAACCUCCCCACGUGAACAUGCAGCUCACAAAGGAUCUCCUCCAUCCCUCACCAAAAGAGAGGAGGAAACAUAAGAAGAAGUGCCUGCUGCAGAGCCUCAAUUUCUACUUCGUGGGUGUGAAGUGCCCAGGAUGCUAUAAAAUCACCACAGAUUCUAGCCACGCACAAACAGUAGUUCUGCAUGUUGGCUGCUCUGCUGUCCUCUGCCAGCCUACAGGAGGAAAAGCAAGGCUUCCAGAAGGAUGUUCCUUCAGAAGGAAGCAGCACUAGAAGCAUCCUGAAUCCAGAAGAGUGGGAAACCUUCCCAAUAAGCACAUUUAAACACAUUUUGGAUUAAAAAAAAUCAUUUAAAGGGGCUGGCAUUGUAGCACAGCUGGUUAAGCCACAUUCUUUGAUGCCAGUAUCCACAUCAGAGCACUGGUUCAAGUCCUACUGCUCCACUUUUGAUUCAACUCCCUGCUAAUAUGCCUGGGAAAGCAGUGGAAGAUGGCCCAAGUGUUUGGGCUCCUGCACCCACCCACGUGGGACACCUGGAUGGAGUUCCAGUGUUCAGGCUUCAGCCAGGCCCAGCCCUGGCCGUUGAGCAGCCAAGAGCCAGGAACUCAGUUUCAGUGUCCUAUAUAGGUGGCAGAGGCCUGGGCACUUGAGCCGUUAUUUGUUGUCUCCCAGGGCAUGAAUUAGUAAAAAGCUAGAUUGAAAGCAAAGGAGCCUGGACUCAAACCUGGCACUCCAGAAUGGGAUGCAGAUAUCUCAAAAAGCAACUCAACUGCUGCACCAAAUGCCUGGCCCUGGUUGAACAAUUGUGAGAAUAAAGAAGCAACUCUGCCUCUCACAGUGGUGAGAUUCAACAAAGCAUCACACUUGGAGGGCCCAUGUUCUGUGAGGCUGCAGCACCAAAGGCCAUGACUGGUCUGUGGGAGCUGUUUGAGGCAUUUGGUGGUGUUUUUUUUUUUUUAAGACUUAUUCAUUUAUUUGAAAGGCAGAGUUACAGAGAGGCAGAGAGAGAGAGAGAGAGAGAGAGAAAGAGGUCUUCCAUCCACUAGUUCACUCCCCAAAUGGCUGGAGCUGGGCCAGGAGCCAGGAGCCUCCUCAGGUCUCCCACACAGGUGCAGGGGCCCAAGGACGUAGGCCAUCUUCUACUGCUUUCCCAGGCCAUAGCAGAGAGCUAGAUUGAAAGUGGAGCAGCUGGGACUCGAACCAGUGCCCAUAAGGGAUGCUGGCACUGCAGGAGGCAGCUUUACCUGCUGUGCCACAGCACCGGCCCCUUUGGUGCUUUUUGACCGAGUAACUCAGACUUGGAGAAUGAACCGCUGAGAGGGGGAAGAGAGAGUUCCUAAGACAAGACAAACCUGGAGCUUUGCAAAGGCAGGUGGGUCAUGACAAAGCAAAGUCAGGAUUACCAGACCUGAGGGUAAAGCAGAAAGAUUCUAAAUGGAGUUAUCUACAGGGCAGCCUCCUGGGAAGGGUGUGAUGGCUUCCCUGGAAUGAUCAGAAGGGUCAUUUAGCAGCACGACCAGUGACCCACUAAGACCUGAAUGGACAGAAGAAUGUGACUUGAUCAUCAGUGUCAUUAACCUCCUUCUGUCCUCCAAUCCCUGACUUUUUAGGAUAGCUUGGGGGCAGGGGGUGGGGUGUCAAAGGACUCAAUUUGCUGGCUUCCCAUGGAGUCUCCUGUGGGUAAAAGUUCACAAGGUGAAAAGCACAGUGACAUCAGAAAUUGAAGAGUGGAAUAUGGACUUCACUCUUUUUUUAAAACUUUUAU